CUUUGACUUUUGGUAUGCUUUAGUCUUAGUUAUACUUUAGGUAUGCAUAAUAAUAUGCACGCCUCAUAGUACAUGGGCGGCUCCUCCCUCUCGGCCGGUAAGAUUAUUUUUAACACUAAAAUAAUCGUCGGGUCGCUCCUCCUCUCUUUCCUUCUCCGUCUCCUCUUCCACCCAUCUCCACCGUCUCCUCCCUUCUCCUCCCCCUACUCUAAACGAAAGUGCAGCGCGGAAAGAUUCGAUGAUGAUGAUGUGGAAACCAGUGGGGAAUCCGCGCUAGGACGUAUUAUAUCGCCUACUACGAGUUUCCAAAGAUGGUCUAGUCGUUCAACUAUCCAAGGUUUUUCUCGGUUGUUGAUCAGAUUCUCUUGGGAUAUGGGAUAACUAGUGUUAAUAAGAGCGAGUCUCGACUCUAGUCGUUAAUAACGUAUACAUUAGGCUCUUUUGAGCUUUAGUGCGCGGCUGUAGGCGUCCCGCCUGCAAAAGGUCCAUGCAGUCGCGAGGUUUAGCGAUGAUAGUUUAUUCUAUUUGCGGUAGAUGAAGCCGAUACCAGGCCUGCUGGGCACACUAAGU